UUGUGUUUCUGAACCCAUUGAGUAAUAAAGGGAGUAUUUAGCAAAGUAUGACUUAGAGGCUGCUGAACUUCCUUGUUAGCCCUGAAUUCCAGGCAGGUGCACCUGUCUGUCAGCAAAGAGCUGGGUGAGGCUUUAAGGCAGCUGCCAAGAUAGCCAGAUCCUGAAGGACUUUAGAGAGGAAUCUGUUUUAUUUGUGUAUACAGAGAGAAAAUGGCAUAUCGAGACUUAGUGAGAGGCUGGCAUGAAGGAAUUCUGGCUAUGGAUAAGGGGGACUGGGAUUCUGCCUUGAAAAUCUUCUCCAGUAUCGAAGAGCCAUCCUCCAGGAUCUAUUUCAACAUAGGCUGUGUGCAUCUCUCAACAGGGAACCCCGAGGGAGCCUUGCAGGCCUUUGAUAAAACAGUUACCAAGGACAACCAUCUAGCUGUUGGCUUCUUUCAAAGAGGGUUUGUCUGUCUGCAGUUAGAAAUGUAUGAAGAAGCUCUGUAUGACUUCAGCAUGGCCCUCACUCACCUAAGAAAUAACCCUUUCAUUGACUACAAACAACUGGGACUAAGGCAUAUGCUCUGUGCCUGGGAGGUGCUGUACAAUACUGCAGCAGUGCAGUGCCGGCUUGGGCUGUGGCAAGAAGCUAGAAUAACCCUGGAGGAGGCUAUCAGACAGAGGCCUGAAGGAAGAACCACAAGCCUGGAUGUUGCCCUUGAGUGGGUGCAGAAUCAUCUCUUCCUGGAGCCCAUACAUGUUCCCCUGGGGGAAUUUUUCAGACCACGAAAGGAGGAAGUUGAGCAGCUGGAUUCAAAAGAUUUCCUGGGUAAACCAAAGGUGAUCUCCUCCGUCAUUCCCAAUGACGAGUACAUCGGAUUUGAGCCUCUCAGGCCACAGAGACAGGGCUUUUACGAACCCAGUGUCAAUGCUGUGCGAGACCGCGGCUCAGGUUACUAUCAAGUUGUGACUCAUUAUUACCCUGAGGACUCUGAAGAGAUGGCAGUGAAGGGCAGCACUAUCAUCUUUGUACUAAAUAAAGGGGCAGACGGCUGGGCUACUGCCAUAUGUGAUGGACAGAAACUGCGUAUACCGACCUCUCACCUGGAGCCUGUUUAUGCCCCCAAGGCUGAUAAGUGGAAAGUCAGUAAUGGGAUCCCUCUUCCCCCCAUUAAAGUGCCCCCCAACCGGCCUCACUUGCAAGAAAUGGACCACCAGCAGCCAGGACCUGCUGAAGGAGAAGACACUGCUGCAAAUGAUGCUGAUCCGCAAGCAGACUUGCAGGUGCAAUGUUCCCCAACAUCACAAACCAUUAAGACUAUAAAAUCACUGGUGCCAAAGAUAAAGGUCCCACUGGCUCAGGACAAAGCAUCCUCCAGCGAGAACAGAUCCAUCCUGCUGAAAGUCCACUGUGACUAUACAGUUAAAGUGAACAAGGCCCUGACCCUGUCAGACCUCAGGUCUCUGCUGAGGGAGACGUUCAGCCAGCAGGCAGAGCUUGGGAAGCUGAGCUGCAGGCUUUCAGACAGCAAACAGUUCAUUGUGAUUUCGGGAGAAGAGGAGAUGGGGAAGAUGUGGCAGGAGGUGACAGAUGGGAGGCUGACACUCUGGUGCCAGGGCACAGAUGCCUGUUCAGACAGACCUGUUCUCUACAGGAUGGUAGCACACCACGGUUACACGGCGCAAAGGCCAGAGGAUCUGGAAUUCAAUGAAGGAGACACGCUGGACAUUCUCUCCGAAGUGAAUGAGGAAUGGCUUGAAGGCCAUUGCAAUGGCAACUUUGGCAUUUUCCCCAAGUGCUUUGCUGCCCAGGCCAGCAUUGGGGCUGCUUGCCCUUAGAGAAGAGAUGCUUCUUCCUGCCAGACUCCACAAGAAGCCAGCUGGGCUGGGAACCCCACCUCACCUUACUCAUGUCUCCCAGAGAACAGGAGAAGCUUGCGCCAAUUCAUUCAGGUCUGACCAUUGCCAGCCCUGCUAGGUAUUUAAUGAAGCUGCCUACACAAGACGCUUCCCAGUGUGGGACCCCAUUAUCCAGAAACCCUGCAGGAUUCGUUUCUGUAGCAGAAAUAGCAUUUUCUAUGGCAUGUGUCUGGCCUCAGUAUUUCCCAAUAAUCAAAGUGAAAUGACAGGUCUGGCUGGAGAGUGGGGGUGAGGUGGGAUCUGGGUGCAAGACAGGUGGUGGUGUCUCAUGAAGGUCACUCUGAGAGGUGCUGACACAGCAAACGGAGUUUUCCCAUCUCAGACCUAGCCACCAGCUCUUUCUGUAGCAAGAACUUGGGAUUCAAAGAUGCAGAUUAAGUGGUAAGAAGAACUGGCUCCUCCAGAAGAGGGGGCCUGGCUAAGGCCUUAAUCCCCACUUCCCACCAGCUGGAAUAGAAGUGGGGGAAGCUGGACCUUGUCGUCACCGGAUAUGCCCACGCUGCUGUUACAUACCCACAGCUGGCCCGUGCCAACUGACUCGGGCCCAGGGGCUGUUUGAGUGUAGUGUAGACAUUUGGGCUUGGGGCAAGUAAAUAGCUCCUUAGCCCGAGCCCCACGAGCUUGAGUCAGCUGGCACAGGCCUGCUGCAGGGGUCUAAUGGCAGUGCCGACAGACCCAUUGAGGCCAGACUGUGGGAGGCAAGAUGCCACUCAGAGGACAGGGAGGCAGUCUUGAUUCCCUGGGCCCAACGCAGUGUAAAAACAGCGCUGUUCUGGUUGGGGAGCAUUUCAUACCCACUUUGCAUGGCUGUAAAUGAAUGCACAUGAAUCAGGCAUAGGGUGGGUGGCCCCUCCAAGCCCCAGGGAUCGACCAGAGGCAAAGGGCCCUGUGCCCAGACAUCUUGGGUUGUGGGGAUUGUCCCUGGUCAGGUGAACACUGGUGUUGUCCCAAUCGGUUCCAUGAAGUUGGGCCACAGCAGGGAGCUAGACCUUGAGGGACUGAGCACUGGGUUGGAGGGAAGGAAUGCAGGGUGGGGGAGAUGGACAAGUGACAGGAGCUGAGGCACUGUGGGGAGGGCAGCCAGAGAAACAGGCCUAGCAAAGCCCAGAGGGAUCAGGGAGAGCCAGAAGAAGGAAGUAGUCAGUGGAGCUGAAAGGAGCCAUGGGGAAGCUAAGAACACAGAGAGAGCAGGGCUCAUGGGAGUAGAUAAAAAUAACCUGGUGGGGGAGAAGGGAGGUGACCUAGGGUCUCUACUUUGCAAAAAGGGUCCCAGGAACUGCAGGGUGGUUCCUGGGCACCAGCCCCUGGGGCUCGCUCAGCCCAUCAGCUAUGCGGUGCAUGAGCCUCUGGGAGCUCACUCAGCCCCCAUUGGCCUCGGGGAGCUCCCUUGGCCCUCCUUUCUGCCUAGCCUCUCACUUGGCCCAAGCCUCUGGGGAGUUGCUCAGCCCAUCAAUCCUUCAUAGCCCUCACCUGGCUCAGGGCCCUGUGAGAUCACACACCGUCUCUGUUGUGCUAGGCCUCCCAGCUGGCACAGGUUGUGCAACCCAUGUACACCAUGGAGCCUUUGCCAGCAUGGGUCUGCGCAGUGGCUCCGUCCCCUGACCCUGCAGCUCACUGACACCGGCCUGUGCACGGCGCCGGCUCUUUGAUGACACAGCCUCUCAGCGCUGCAGGGUGCUUACCUGGAACAGGCUGAGCAGGACACUCCUGCCCUCCACCCUGCAGGGCAGGGCCGGCUCCAGGGUUUUUUCCGUCCCAAGCUGCGGGGAAAAAAAAAAAAAAAAAAAAAGCCGCAAUCACAAUCGGCGGCAGCUCCACCGUACCGCUUUCUUCUUCGGUGGCAGGUCCUUCCCUCUGAGAGGGACCCGCUGCCGAAGAGCCCGACGUGCCGCCCCUAGCACCUGCUUGCUGGACUGGUGCCUGGAGCCGGCCCUGCUGCAGGGCCUUUGCUUGGUCCAGGCCAUUGUAUGCUGCCUCAAACCCUUACCCACCCCCAGGGCCACUGGCAGGCACAGCCGCUCUGAGGUCACUCACAGCCUGGACCUGGCAUACCCUUUGUAAGUUCACUCAGCCCCUUGCAUUGCCUGGCCCAUGCCCUGCUGCCACAGCCAUGGCUAGCCCAGGCACGGGAGCUGCAGCCUGGAAGAGGAAGUUGCCAGCAGGAGGGCUCCUUGUUUGGCUCUUGUUCCUCCCCUUAGACCAAGAGAGCCUGAAUUCGUUAACUUUUAGGGGGUGCUGUAAAAACCACUCCUCACGAGGGCUGAGGGGGUGGCUGGCUGGGGUGGGGCGACGCUCUCUGUUGCUGGGAAUUCCUGGAUGGUCCCUUGGAGUUGGUUUAGUUGAGUAGGAGCCUGUGAUGCUGUUGGAGGGAGUGUUUUUGUGAAGAGGUGUCAGUGUGCCUAGAGCUGAGGUUUUGGGGUGGGGUGGAGGGUUUUAUUUAAAUCAAAUCUAUACAUACAGGGCC